CUUCUUCAACAUCCAACAAUUAUGAAGACUGCUGCCACUUUUCUGGCUCUUUGCUUCUUAGGUUACAGUUAUAUCUCAUCAGCGAGCUGUGUGGAGGAUGUUUACGAAUAUUUAUGGGAAAAGAAUAAAGACCUCGCUGACCAGACGCUCAAUCUGGACUUUCUGAGGCAAAUGGAAAACGGCAGCCUGCAGGCGGAGCGAUACGUCAACUUCACCAUCCAAGACAUCGGUUACCUGCUGAAAGUCACCAAGAUGCUGAAGAGAAUGAGCGCCAAAGUCUCUCAACCUGACGACAUCAGGGACUUUAUGAAAGGGAGAUUCUCCAGCUACAAAAGCUUUGGAGAAUACAUGUUAAAGCUGUAUUUUUUCAAGACUGAGCCUCCAAUUCAGCAAACUCCAGCCAUGAGAAAGUAUCUGUCGUCCUACAGAAAUCUGAUGCUUGAAGAACCGAUAUACUUUGCGGUGGGUCUUCUACCAUGUGCUAGACUCUGGGUUUGGUUGGCUAAUAAUCUCAACAUUCCUCCAACCAAUGCCUACUUCACCUGGAAGGUGGACAACAUGGGGGGCCAUCCAGAGAAACACUAUAAAGCUCUGCUGAACAAGUAUCUGAACACAGCUGAUAAAGUGGCGAAAGCUAAUGCUGUGUUUCGUGAGCAGAUGCAGAACGAGCAUGAUUUCUUCUCCACAUCUUGAGUGGCUGCUAUUGCUUGCAAAUGCUUAUAACAUUUCAUAAAAGACCUUUUAUAUUGUGCAUUUGAUUUUGUCAACAUCAUGCAGUCAAUAUAUUUAAUCAAUAAGUUAAUUAUUUAAUAAUUUAAUAUUUUAAGCAAGUACAAAUAUUUUCUGCAAGUACACCACAGUCAAAUCGAACACAAUUUAAUUGCUGUUUAUUGUCUAAAUAUUCAGUGUCUGUUGUAUUCCCCAAUAACAAUACAAAUAAAUAAUCCAAUAUUUCUGA